ACUCAUCAGCAGGCUUUUUCGAGGAAUGAGUUGAGCUUGAGAAGAAACAACAACAGUUUGAGAACCUGAACAGCAGAAAUCGUCUUGGGACAGAAUCCCGAAGCAACGUUCAAGAACUUCCCAAGAAAGUCAAUCCACUCUCAGUGACAACAGCUAUUCUGCUCUUCUUUUCAAGUGCUCAGUAACAGCCGCCAUGCUUUACAGUGCAGCAGCGCUAGUGUCUUUAAUGCACGUAGCCCUGACGAUGCUGGUGAUAGUUGGGAUGGGAGUGGAGGCGGCCCCCACUGACAGAGGCUUUGUGAAACCUCCACAUCCUCAUCCCAGCCUCACUCAUGCAUCUGCCACACCAGAGAAGUCCUCAGCACUAAAUCCAAGCCAGCACCUUAAACACUGGCCUCCGAGUUCCAAAGCAGCCGGAGUGAGUAGGACGACAAGAAUCGCUGACAGAACCACCUCAAGGACUAUCACUGUGGGCGUCAGAGCAGAACGACUCAGGCUGAACCCUAAACCCGCCGAUCCAGAUAAACGAGCUCAGCUGCUGAAGAUGAUCUCGGCCCUGGAGGAGCUGUACAGGACAUUUAACAGCACGCUGAGCUCACGCAUCGCCAUCAGGCCACGAGCAAGCGGCAGAAAUUCAGGAAAAAAAACAAUAGUGCUUCCUGCUGCCGAAGGCGGGGUGAAGCCCACCACUGAGACCCCAGCAGCAGUCGACAGCACAGCGUCCAGGGCCAGUGCGGAUGCUUUCGCCCCAAGUCUGACUGGUCGAAACUUUAAGAAGUCCCUACCGCCGCAGACCAAGAAGACCAACAAAAGAGUGUGUUUCUGGAAAUACUGCUCCCAGAACUGAUCGUCUCUCAGCCACUGCUGCUUUCGCUCCAUGCUCUUUUCUUCCUCCGUCCAUCCAUCAUCUAUCCAUCCAUCCAUCCUCUGUCCUGGCUCCUAUCGGACCUCCGAGUGCUAGGAGACCGUUGCCGAGACAUCAGGAAGCCCCCCCACACCGGCGCCAACCUUGACUCUGACCUUUUCGUUCACUCAUUAAUUAACAAGACUGGCCAAUGAAUGAAGACGAUGUGUGCUCACGGCCGGGCGCAUGAACAAACAUUCCUGUUAACACUCUGUUUUCCUUACGAGACAGACACAUGUCAUUUUUGUAUGUGUGCGCCAACUUUAAAAUAAACGACAA